AUGUCGUCCACGGAGAAAGGAGGCCGCGCCGUCGGAGCUCCCAGCGGAUCAGUUUCCACUGAUCAAACAAUCACCAAAAACACCACCACCAACAAUCCCCAAGAGACGAUCAUUCCAAUGCCGGGUACGGUGCUCACUCUCAGCAAUGGCGAAUUAGAGAAUUUCCGGUCAUUAGACGAAGCUUUUGACGGUAACCAACUCGACCCCAAAGCCAAACCAUUGAUACGAAGAGUCCGAUCAACCCUUGGCCGUCACGAAGAUUUCUGGAAGUAUUUCAAGCCGAAAGUGAUCUCAAUCGGCCCACUCCACCACGCUGAUCUCAACUUCUAUCAAUCCAAGAAGCUCAAGCGCAAAUUAACAACACUUUUCGUCGAAAACAUUGGCGUCGAUAGGAGAACCUUGUACAACAACAUUAAGACAGAGAUCGAUGACUUGAAGAAAUGCUAUGAUCCAAAGGAAUUAGAUUCUUAUACCAAUAAUAACGAGAAUCUGGCUUGGAUGUUCUUCGUUGACGGCUGCACAAUUUUAGAAGCAGUUUAUAUGCGUUACGGUAAUGAUGAUGUUGAUGGCCAAGAUUAUGAUCCUAUGUCGAACGAAUUGUCUAUUAAAAACGAAUUGCUGACAUUUGAGUACUCGGAUCUGUUCUUGUUGGAAAACCAAUUACCUUUUCGUGUUCUUGAAUUGCUUACAAGCUCGAGCAAAAACGGCGAAAAGUUCAUGAUGGCGAUCAGAAGGUUCAUCAACGACACUGUUAUCACCCCAGCCGACAUGAAAGAGCCACAAUCACAUCAGCAGGACAGUGAAUGGUGGCAGCAGCAAAAAGGAGAGCGAAUUCACCUAUUGAAUCUACUACGAGUAAGACUCCUUUUUGAAAAAGAAAAAAAAGAAAAACCAUGGCGGCAUUUUAGGUUUUGCAUUCGAUUUUUAAUGUGCACGUUAAAUCGCGGCAGCCAAACAAGAACAAAACGGCACCAUUCACACACCUUUCGUAACGUAAAAGAGCUUAAAAAGGCCGGGAUAUGGUUAAAAGCAAGCAAAACAAGUUGUUUAUCCGACAUCAGUUUCAACCAUAUCUUCUUCGUCGGCAAAUUACGGUUACCGCCGAUCACCUUCGAUGAUUCAACCAUGAACUUAAUAGCUUACGAAAUGUGUCCGGAUUUCAAAAACGAUUUCACCGUCACUUCAUAUAUGGAUUUCCUUGAUUCAUUGAUCCAUGAAGCCGAAGAUGUUAAGGAACUGAGAGGCGCUGGCAUACUAUACAAUAGAUUGGGGAGUGAUGAAGAAGUGGCUAAGCUUAUCAAGAAGAUGAACACUGAUGUGGUUCGUUGUCAGACGACUUACAGUGAGGUUAAACAGCAAAUACAUAAUCAUUGUAAGAAUAUGUGGAUUCAAUAUCCAGCUCAAGCUUAUCAUACUUGUUUUAGGACUCGUUGGACGUUUUUCGCAUUUGUGGGUGCCGUUGCUGCACUUUUUGUGUCUUCGUUGCAGACUCAUUAUACCAUACAUCAACCAAAGUAA